AUGGCGCCACACGCGGAGAUCGACCACAUACUCAUCAAUCGGAGGUGGUGUCUACUUGACGUCUCAGUAGUACAACCCUUUUGUAGUGGCUCCGAUCAUCGUCUCCUUCGUGCGAAAAUACGACUUGGUCACACGACGGAAAAGAACAUCUGCUAUCGGCAACGAAGGAGAAAAGAACUCGUCUACGAUGAUUACGUACUCAAGGAUUCAUUGUCCCAAGAUGACUGCGACAUCUGGAAGGACUACGAGAUACUGCUCAGAGGAUUACGAGCCUGUGCAGAGCGUGCCUCGAAGCCGCGCACGACAAACUUGGAUCGAAUUUCGAAGACCACCAAGGAGUUGUUGGAAAGAAGAAGGACUUUGAGGCUUGAUCCUAAUGCAUCGCACAUUUAG